UGCCCAAAAUCGUUACGUUUAGCAAUCUUGAAAGACACUAAAGAAGGAAUGGUACCCUUAUUCCUGUGCGCGACAAUUGGGACAACUUCAACAACUUCUGUUGAUCCAUUGCGUUCGCUUUGUGAAAUUGCUAAGGAAUAUGGGAUUUGGGUGCAUGUGGAUGCAGCCUAUGCUGGAAGCGCUUGCAUUUGCCCUGAAUUUCAACACUUCCUUGAUGGUAUUGAAAAUGCAAACUCUUUCAGUCUCAAUGCACAUAAAUGGUUCUUUUCCACUUUGGAUUGUUGCUGCCUUUGGGUGAAGGAUCCAAGUGCACUUACAAAAGCGUUAUCGACUAAUCCUGAAUGCUUAAGAAACAAAGCCACAGAGUUAAAUCAAGUGAUUGAUUACAAGGACUGGCAAAUUUCAUUGAGCAGGAGAUUUAGGGCUUUGAAACUGUGGCUAGUUUUGAGAAAUUAUGGAGUAACUAGUUUGAGAAAUUUGAUAAGAAGUCAUGUGAACAUGGCUAAGCAUUUUGAAGGGCUUAUAGCUAUGGACAAAAGGUUUGAAAUAUUUGUGCCUAGAAAAUUUGCUGUGGUGUGUUUUAGGAUUUCUCCAUCAGUAAUAAGUCGAGUUUCGACAACGUUCGAUGAGGAACAAGUGAACAAGUUCAACACUAAGUUGGUGGAGUCGAUUAAUUCAUCUGGAAAACUCUAUUUGACUCAUGGAGUUGUUGGAGGAAUUUAUAUUAUUCGAUUUGCCAUUGGUGCUUCUCUUACUGAUUAUAGGCAUGUUGACAUGGCUUGGAAGGUGAUACAAGACCAUGCUAAUGUCCUGCUAAUUCCAGGCUCUUUUUAAUUAUUGAAAAAAUAGGGUCAAAUGUUACAUUUUUUUUUCCUUUUCAAAGAUUAGUUGGACCUUGAUGAAGGAACCAAAACUCCGUAUGUUUGUACUAUUGCAUUUACAUUUGAAAUAAGAUCCUACGAAAAUUCAGCACCA